AUGCCAGCUCCUCCAGCAUCCUAUAGCUCUUCCAAGAAGAUGGAUGUUGCAGAAGACCUUCUGCCUGGAGGCUUGCCUUUGGAUAUGGCAAAGUCAUCCACACAGCAAAAAGCUGCCUUCCACCUCAUCAGCUUCCUGGACAGUAUACUGGGAGAUCGAUCGUCUCAUCCUGCCAAGACAGGCCACGUCGAGACAAAGCAACUGAGAGAAAUGCUUCCCAGCAUUCUAAACCAGCUUGGGGCAGACAGUCUGACUAGUUUAAGGAGACGGGCUGAAGCUCUGCCCAAACAAUCUGUGGAUGGAGAAGCACCCCUUGCUACUGGAGAGGAUGAUGAUGAUGAUGAAGUCCCAGAUCUGGUGGAGAAUUUCGAUGAGGCUUCUAAGAAUGAGGCAAACUGA